AUGCCAAGUUAUGCAAAAUUCYUCAAGGACAUUUUGAGYAAGAAGAAGAAACUAAACGAAUUUGAGACUGUGGCCCUAACAGAARGUUGUAGCGCCCUUCUUUCAAAUAAAAUUCCCCYUAAACUCAAAGAUCCCGGGAGUUUCACAAUUCCAUGUUCAAUAGGUGGGAAUGAAAUUGGAAAGACUUUAUGUGAUUUAGGUGCCAGCAUUGACCUCAUGCCAUUGUCAGUAUUCAAUACCUUAGGCAUAGGUGAGGCUAGACCAACCACAAUUACCCUUCAGUUAGCAGACAAAUCCAUAGCUCACCCAAAAGGAAAAAUUGAGGAUGUAUUAGUCCAAGUGGAUAAAUUCAUUUUUCCUGUUGACUUCAUGAUUCUUGAUUUUGUGGUUGAUAAAGAGAUACUAAUCAUCCUAGGAAGACCAUUCUUAGCAACCGGUAGGACUUUGAUUGAUGUUCAGAAAGGAUAA